GUAAUCUAAUGCGUAUAAUUUGCUGAUGUUUUUCCCUUUUUAUGGUCACCCCCUAUCGAUGCAGUGACAAGGUAACCAUGACAAUAGCGCUUUCCUUCGCUUCAAUACCCAUAGUGUUAACGACGUGACCUGUUUUAUCAGCAGUGAUCAAACCAAACUGUGUUUGAGGCACCAUGUAAUUAUGUUUAAUAAUCAGCAUAAACCCGACUGGAGGCUUAUUGAUGAAAUUAGUUUAAAUUUUCUGGAGGAAGGUAUUGGCAGUUAUGAUGUCCUUCAAAGAGCUUUACCAUCCAUUGUGCUGAGUAAAAUUGAUCAAACGGACGAUGAUUGUACUAUUGAAAGAUUGUUGAAAAUGUUUCGAAUAGCUCAGUUUCAAAUUGAAUACAUUUUGAAAACACAAGCAGAACUUGUAAAGGAAGUGGAACAACUACAAAAGCGCUUGAAGUUUUCAAGUAUAGAGAAUUCGAAAUUGCGAAAGGAGCUUGUCAGUGGACCGGAGACAAUAAAUUCAUUAUUCAAGUGUGAUCGCUGCGACAAAUUAUUUUUGCACAGUACAUUCUUGUAUGAUCACAUGAAGCGGAAGCACAAGAAUGAGGAACAGGACGAUAAUAAACGAUAGUUCCCGUUUCUAAUGAAUCAUACAUAUCCAGAUGUGUCCUCGUUACAACUUUUGCAAUCACAAUAACUUUGCUUAGCUCUCCAAAAGCCUUACAAUCAGAAGACAAAUUUUUUGGUGACAACAAACCCUUCUGAUACCGCUCUCACUGUUAAUUGUGAUGCAUUCUUCUUUGAUUUCAAAACCGUUCGAUAGCCCCACGUUUCGUAUGUUCCCACUUGGCUUACGCUACUUGAUUAUCUUUAUGCAAAGUGCUGAAAAAUUUUUAUCGGCAAAGAGAAAUUAUCACAUGACUGUUGUAAACAGUUUGCUGUAAUAUUUGGAAAUAAGGAAUAGAAUGUAUGAAUC